UGGUUUGAGUCCAGUCCAGCUCGCCUGCAUUCCUCCUCUUUCUAAAGCCUGACCGAUAGAGACAGAGAAAGAAAGGGGGGAGAAAACACCGAUUAUUAUUCUCAACCGUGUUAGAUUUUCUAGAACCACGGAGUCGACACACACCGGACACACCGACCAGACCGGGCCACGCAAAAUACCCACAGCAAGCUUGCUCCGUUUGGACCUAGCUUAACGACGAAAAGGCGUGUUUUUAUUGAAUAAUGACCCGCUAAUGUGCCUGUGUAGGUCAGCUAGCGAAAAGCAGCUUUGGUGAAACAGCCUCUCCACGGCGGAUAUCUCCUCUUUUUUUUUUUUUUAAAUGAGGAUUUGCAAGAUGGCUGAUGACAGCUACCCCUAACAAGGACAGAAACGCGACGGCCCCUUUAAAAUUAGGAGGGUAUAUUUUUGUAUUUUCUAUUAGUUAAAUAUAUCAAAUAGGGCUGCUUUAAAAAAAAAUAAUGACCAUAGCUUAUAUCGACCUUGUAUCUUUGUUGCUAGUGUUUAUCUGUACCUGUGCUAUGGUGAGGUGACGUCUGAGGCAAUUUGCACGAUUUAAUCCAGAUAAGGAAGUAGGAAAAUUAUGUUGUUGGCUAAAGGCUGAGAUUGGUGAAUCAGGUGAGAGCAACGUGAACAGAUACAAUAAUAAUAUAGAUAUCGGUGUGAGGAGAUUUGUGAUAGAUGUGUCGGAGGGGGGAACCAAAAGGCUUCUGCAACAGCACCCAACAUUCCUGCGGAUCCUUAAAACCCUUUGUUUUGUGCGCAGGAGCUGGACUCGACUAUUAAAACGAUUAACUAUGCAGUAAACAGGCUUGAAAUGAUGGCCCGGGUAUGAUUUUCAGUUUAAUGAGAUUAUAAGGCCUUUGUUGUCGACAGAAACCUGGUAAAAAAAAGCCGAGGCCUUGUGUACAGAUAUGCGAGCGGUGCCACAUAGCAGGCGGUGUUCAUCAAAUAGAAAUGUCGCUUUUAUGUUAAAUUGAAGGGCUGGAGGUAGCUGUGUUGUCCAUCUGACUUUGGGAAACACUAUUUCUUUCUACUGCCAAACCGUUGCUGGGUGUAUGUAUAAUUAAGUUGCAGGUGGAGGCUCCUUUGGAUACUUAUUUAUGAUUCAGCGGACAAAAGCAUUGCGCUGCGUUGUGAUUAUUGACGGAUUCAAGCGUCCUUGAGGUUUAGAUCAAAACAGAUUCAGGUUUUUUUUAAGGCCCUUUUUUGUGUGGUUAGUAAUCAGGGUGUGGACUGGACUGUAGCAGUCCCUUUCCGUGGUUUUCAUGAUUCGAUUGUUGGUCUGAAUUGGUCCACAGUCAAUCAUAAUCCGACGUUAACGUAAAGGGAGCUCAAGGUAAGGGCCUGAGCAGGCAGCAGAAAAAAAGGAUCAAGUGUCUUUUCAUGUGCUACAUAGAGAUUGAUUCACCUCAUGAUCAUAUGAGUAGUUGUGAUGUUUAAUAAUUAGAUAUUUAGUGCUCUGUGCCUUGUUUGCUUUUUUACCUGUAGCUGACAGGCUUUGUAGCUUCCUGUAGGCCUAUAAACAGACUCAGAAGCUGUAAAGGCAGGCCUCUAUGUUUGUGUGUGAUUUAGAGGAAAGGAAAGCACCGUUUACUGUAAUCUGUGUAGUCAGCCCCUGCUGUGUGUGUUGAAAUCACCAAGGUGUCAUCCUUUGCCUGAAGCCUUCUCUGGUCAAUUAUUCUGGAAUUUGCCUUCAUGCUGCAGCAAUAAGCAAUACUCGUCACCUGUCAGGGAGUUUAAUUUGGUCACAAGGGUUGAAAUAUACAGACUGAUUUCAGGACGGCAUAUUUUUGUAUCCUAAUUUUUUCUCAAGUCUUUUUUUAGAGGUUUUUCUGCGAGGACAGAAAGGCCUAGAGGUCUUGUACGAGUGGGAACAUAUAGUGUAUGCCUGUCCGCACCAUGAUGUCCUCUGACAUGGCUGAGACGUGGAGGAACUGUUUUGAGGAGGAGCUCAUCUGCCCCAUCUGCCUGCACGUGUUCUCAGAUCCCAUCCAGCUGCCCUGCAAGCACAACUUCUGCCGGGGCUGCAUCAGCGAGGCCUGGGCCAAAGACUCCACGCUGGCCCGCUGCCCCGAGUGCAAUCAUGCUUACACUCAGAAGCCCAGCCUGGAGAAGAACCACAAACUGUCCAACAUAGUGGAGAAGUACAACGCCCUGAGCGUGGAGAAGGCCGCCACGCCUGCGCUGCAGUGCAUCCUGUGUCGUCGAGGCCCGCCACUCCCCGCAGUGAAGGUGUGCCUGCGCUGCAACGCCCCCUGCUGCCAGUCCCACGUCCAGACUCACCUGCAGCAGCCGUGCUCAGCACUCGGGCACCUGCUGGUGGAGGCGGAGGCGGUGAAGGCCUGGACCUGCCUGCAGCACGACGAGUACAGAUUGUACCACUGCGAGGCCGAGCAGACGGCCGUGUGCCAGUACUGCUGCUUUGCCCGCUGCCACCCCAGCCACGGCCACGCCGUCACUGACGUGGAGCUGCGACGCAACGACAUCAGACAAAGCCUGCUCAGACAGCAGGAGCGUGUGGAGGAGCGGGUGCAGGAGAUCGAAGAGCAGCUCUGCAAACUCGACUCUGACAAGAUUGUGGUGGAGGACAGGGUGUGUGAGCUGAAGGAGGAGGUGCGCCUGCAGUACCAGCGGAUGCACCAGCUCCUGGAGGAGGAUCUCGGUCGGACACUGGAGGCCCUGGACCGGGCUCAGGCUCGGUUCUGCCAGGAGAACGCUGCCCAGGUGUUAGCUCUGGGCGAGCAGCGCCACGAGGCCCAGAAGCUGCUGAGCUCCAUCCACACGGCCUUCAGCAAGGCGGAGGAACUGAGCUUCAUGAAAAACACUAAGCCUGUUAAAAUCCUCACAGACAGGUCUCAGUCAUGUGUGGGCAGCAGCCUCCCUCCUUACAAAGUGGGGAAUGUAAACUCUAAACUCUUCCUCUCUGAAAUCGCAAAAAGAGAAAAGAGCCUGAAGAGAACGCUGGAAGCUCCCCUCACCCCUCCCUCCACCUUCCUGCAGACUGUUCCUGCUUACCCCAGCGGUCAGAUCUCGGAGAAACGGAAACAUUCCACCGCCUUCCCAGAGGGAAACGGGAACGUCGGAAAAAGUGCCGCUCCAGGUUUCAAGGACUCCUCUUCCUCCUCUUCUUCCUCAUCGUUAGCCAAGCAGCCCUACCUGGGCUCCGGCUCUGCCUCCGGAGAGGGUCAGUCCACCAAUCAGCAGCUGCUAGGCCCCUGCGGACCUCCUCACAUCAACGAGGGCGGCGGGACAGGAAGUGCAAGCGGCUCUCUGACCAACCAUCAUUCAGGCUCUGUGUUUAGCUCCUCCCACUUCCCCCCCGGAGGCAGCAGCUCCUCCCACUCCUCCCAGCAGGCCGUGCUGCCUCAAUAUGGCGGCCGUAAGAUCCUGGUGUGCACGAUGGAUAACUGCUACUGCUCCGGAGUGCCCUCGGUGUCAGGCCACCGCAGCCAUCCCCCGUACCCCCGCUCUGGCUCCUUCCCCUGGGUCAGUGCCCAGGACUACCCCCCUCCCCCCGGCCUGGCCUCCGGGGGCCCGUCCAUGCAGGGCCUGGCAGUGAGGGACUGGAUAGACGCCUCGCAGACGCACAGACAUGCAGAUUUUUAUGGGCUGUAUGGGCAGCCCACUACAAAGCACUAUGUCACAAGUUAACAGAGUAGACAUACACACACACUUGGAUAUAAAGACAGGCACCAAAUAGCACACCUACCGUCUUAUUAACCGGAAGAAAAAAAACAAGUCAUACUAUACACACACUUAAAUAUUAAGAUCUAUAUCCACACACACACACACACACACACACGCACACACAUAGAACAUGUACACACAUUCGGGGGCAGGGUUGAUCUCUUUUUGUGUUUUUAUUUUCCUCUUUUCUUUGAUUUCAGUCAGUGUUUCAUGUAGUGUAUUAUACGUAAAAGCCAACACGCUCACUCUGGCACAACUUAGCAUUCUACACAUACACGAGAAACAAAGAGAGUCCUAAGAGGAGAGUGACACAUGCAUCUUUUUUUAAUUUAUAGAACAGAAGACGGAUUGAUAGAAAAUGAACUUUUAUUAGGAAAACGCUUCUUCGUGGCUUCUCACUGACGCUUAAAGGAAGAGAUAAAACCAUGCAGUGUUGAGCUUUUCCAGUUUAGCGCCUCAUGUUUCUCUAAUAUAAUCACCCCUCUAGUUGUACUGAGGUCAAAUGCCUUAUGUUAUUAGCAUCAUCUGUUUUUCUGACCAGCUCACUUUGUUGGAUAUGUCCUUCUUAAAGAGGAAAUGCCCUUCAUGUCUUCAUAUUUCCAUCGUCAUGGCACCUCUUCGUUUCUUUGCUGAGUUCAGGGAUGGAUCGUACGGCUUGAACACAAAACGCUCUUCCAUGGAACACCCACAAUGCACUUGUGGAUGCCUUGUUAUGCCUGGACUACAGAUGCAGGGAGCUGCAUCUGAAUGGCCGGUUGACCCUGGCCCAAAACGUUUUGGGAACUUAUUCCUAUAGCACUCCCUUCCUGCUAUCUGGCUUCCCACAGGACAGAACAUGUUCUUCUGACAAAGACUGUUUCCAUUUAGUAAUUACUAUGACUUUGUGUUAAUUGGUACAUCUGUAGAUCUGUACAUCUAGAGAGACUCUUUGAUUUUAGAGAAAAAAAGGCAAGACUGGACAGACCAAACCAAUCAAGCAUCUGGAGGAUCUGAUGAUGCUGUAAUUGUACUUCCUGCAGGGCAAAGAUGUCACUUCCUCUCAAUAAGCACACGAGCUCUUGGCUUCCUGUUUGCAGCUGAAAGCAUGCAAGGAAGAGUUUUUUAAAGCACUCAAAAGAAGAACAAUGGGGGGGGGAAAUGUAUGCAGUUUUAAAAUGAGUGUUCGGACGAAAAAAAGAAGGGUGGGAGGACUUUUUUUCAUGAACCUUUUCUAGAAGAAUAAGACUGGACUGGACGAAAUGUAAGCAAUUCUCAUCAUCCUUAAAAGGAGCUGUUACAACAGACAAGAUUAAGAAAGAAAAAAACAACAUAAAAGUAUCUUUUUUGUAAAUAUUUUGUGAAAUGGAAAAAUUACAGACGUGAUUUGGAGAAGGGUUCCAAAUAAACGAACACAUUUAAA